AUGUCGAGAGAAGAUCCAAUAAAGGCAGAGAAGGAUUUUUCCGCCACACUAGAUGAGCAAUUUCCGCUCAUUGAGAAAAACGGUGACUAUAAACAACAGUUGGAGAAGUAUCUUGUUUUAGAGAAACAAACACGUCAAUCUUCUGAUUUGGCUUCAUCCAAAAGGGUCUUGAGCAAGAUAGUUACCACUUUGGUAGAUAAUAACGAUUGGGAGUAUUUGAAUGACUUGAUAACGAUUCUUUCGAAGAAACACGGACAGUUGAAAUCUUCCAUCCAAGCCUUUAUUCAGGAUGUCAUUAAGCAGUUGGACAAGUUGAAUGAGCUGCAUCCACAGGAACUUGCUACGAAAGUGAAUUUAAUAGAGACCAUUAGAGUCGUUACUGAUAAAAAGAUUUUUGUUGAAGUGGAGAGGGCCAUUGUAUCUAAGCAAUUAGCCGAGAUAUAUCUCGACAAAAAGAAUGAUUUGGAUAAGGCUGUUGAGAUACUAUGCGACUUGCAAGUUGAAACGUACUCACUUAUGCCGUUUAGUGAUAAAAUCGAGUAUAUUCUAGAACAGAUCAAAUUGACCUUACAAAAAGGUGACUUUAACCAGGCCAAAAUUUUGAGUAGGAAAAUUUUGCUCAAAAGUUUAAAGAAUUUCCCUAGAGCUGAUGAGUUUAAGGUGCGCUAUUUGAAAUUUCUUAUUGAUAUAGAUCAGUUCAACCACGACUAUGACUCAAUUGUACAUAAUUUGCUAUUACUUAUUGACGUUCCGAUAUUAUCGGAGGCAGAGCAGAAACAGUUUAGUCAAGAUAUAGUCUAUUACAAUAUUCUAGACUCCUCAAUCAAAAAGCUCACCUUCAACACCACAUUGAAGAAAAACGUUGACGACAAAAUAUUCAAGUUGUUGGAGAUCUUCACUACUGACGAACUCAUUCACUGGUCAAACAUUGAAACACUUUACAAAACAGAGUUUUCACAAUCAGCAAUCUUUAAGGAUAUAAAAAACUAUGAGAAUUUGCAAAAGAGAAUAAUUGAGCACAAUCUCCGCGUAAUAAACAAAUUUUAUCAAUGUAUCAAAUUGGACCGUUUGGCUUACUUGUUACAAUUGUCAACUGACGAUUCUGAGAAAUACAUCAGUGAAGCAGUAAACUCGGGAAUGAUUACAGCAAAGAUUAAUCGUCCUCAAGGAAUUGUGAAAUUCUCCAAAACUAAGCACUUGGAAGGAAGUGAUCCUAGAACUAGCGAUAACCACAUUAAUGGAAUAUUAAACGACUGGUGUUUGGAUGUUGAUAAAUUAUUGCUCGAGAUAGAUUCAAUAGGUCAUUUGAUAAAUAAAGAAGAAAUGAUGUAUGGUAUAAAGCAAAAAGUUUGA